GAAAGGAAGAAUCAUAAUAAUUAGUCUAAUUACUGCUAGGUACUCCGUACCUACCUCUAUCAACCCAAUAAUACAAUGUCUAGGUAAACCACCUAAUAAUACCACCUAGGGUUCAGAUCUCCACAUACGUCAAUCGACUUCCCCCAAGUUCCAACAACCCCCCACCAACACAACAAAACAAACAAACCACAACGAUGGACCUCCAGCUCUACAUUCUGACGUUCAACUGCGGUCGCACCCUGGUGGAUGUGGACCGCUUCGCCGCCCAUUUCUUCCACGCCCUACCAUUGUCCAGCUCCGCCGAUGGUGCCCAAGCAGGGAGGCGGCCGCCAGAGCUGAUCGUCCUGUCGGUGCAGGAGAUGGCACCGCUAGCCUACGCAUUUCUAGGAGGCCACCAUCUCACACCGUACUUCAAGGCACUAGCCGAGACGGUCCAUCUUGCUGUACUGAACAGAUGGAAAGAUGAGGAAGAUAAUAAUAUUCGAUAUGUGAAUAUUGUACGGGAAAAUGUCGGCAUGACAGGGCUAAUGAUCUUCGCGCGCGCCGAUGUGUCGGACCAGAUCUGUCGCAUCGAGACGGCACGGGUGGGCCUAGGCGUCCAGCAGAUGGGGAACAAGGGUGCAGUUGGGGCCCGGUUAGGCUGGCAACAAAAAGGUUCAGAGAGAGGAGCAGAUUCGGAGCGACAAGGAGUCCCUGGUUCAGAAACGAUCGAUCUGGCCUUUGUGGCUGCGCAUCUGGCUCCGAUGGAGGAAGCGGUCGCGCGACGCAACGCGGAUUGGCGGGCGAUGGUUGAACGAUUGGUUUUCAACAAUACUACUAAUUCUAAUUCUCAUUCUCCGGCCUCUGUGGGUCUUUUCGAACCCAACACUUACCUCUUUGUCGCGGGUGAUUUCAACUAUCGUACCUCCGACACGAGGCCCGUUACAGGGGACCAUCUGCGGUUCCCGCAAAUCGGGGCGGAGGGGGACACACAGAAUCCAACGCGGGUUGACCAGAGUCUACUAGCCGGGGACCAGUUGACGCGCGAGAGAAAGAAGGGAAAUACCUUCCAUGGCCUUUCGGAGGCUCCCAUCACCUUUCCGCCAACAUACAAAUACUCCAACGCUGCACGAGCUGCAGCGACUACUACCGACAGCAGCCACGGCCGCCACAAUAAAGCCGGGACUUGGCAAUGGACUCAAUACCGGUGGCCUAGCUGGUGCGAUCGGAUCCUGUACCUGGAGACAGCGUCUAGACCCGUCGAGACAGGCUUAUACGAUGCGCUGCCGCUGCUACCCACGUCGGACCAUCGGGCGGUGGCUCUGAGCGUUUCACUUCCUAUACGACGGGCUUCUGGAUUGGGCGGUGGAGAAGGGGCGGGAGAAGAAGGAUCUGGUAGGAGUAUUGGUAUUGGUAUUGCUAGUGCUGGUGCUGGUUCUGGUAUUGCUAGUGCUGGUGCUGGUUCUGGUAUUGCUCCAUUCCCAUUAGAUCCCACCUGGGAAGCCCAACUGCAGGCGGCACGGCGCAGGGAAGUGGUGGUGGGCAGUGUAGCCUAUCUGGGGCUAACGAGGGAGGGCCAAAUGCUGGUGCUGGCGACAGUGUUGGGGGCGCUGGGGGCGUGGUUUGUGCUUAGCAGUCUAACAGAGCAGUUGGUUGGUUGAUCAGCCUUACGAUCUACGAAGUAUACAGGUAUCUAAUCUAGUAACUAGUUAGUUAGUAUUAUCAUUUAGAAAUCUUUCUUUAUGCACCUAACUGGACAGUGGACAGACACUACAUAAGUGGCUACCAAGUACCUACCUAACACUGUACUAAGGUUAGGUACCUUACUUAUAGACUAAUGCAUCAGUCAUGAGAUGCUCAAUACUCC